CAAUGCACCUCUUCCGUUUACUUCUAAAGUUUGCUACAUAAAAUAUCGUGAGCCUUCAAGUGUUGGUGUGGCCCAACAUUUAACCAACACGGUUUUUAUUGAUAGAGCUCUCAUAGUGGUGCCAUGUGCAGAAGCUCAGUUUCCUUUAGGAUCAUAUGUCUUUGAUUGUACAUUCCAGCUAAAGAACUACAAAACUCCAGGAAUCCAAUGACUAGACUGGCCAAGGCAGACCUGUUACACAUGCCUAAGGCAUUGUUUGCCAUGCCACUAAACCCGCUGCCAGCCGCAAUCUUCAUGGGAAAUGUGACCGGGAGGAUAGCAGCUGAAACCUUUCAAGAUGGACACCUUGUCUCCCUUUUUUUUAUUUUUUUAUUUUUGUUUUAUUUUUUGUUUUAUUUUUUUUUUCUCCACUGAUUUAAUUUUAUUUUGUCCCUUGUUUACUUCUCUCAAAAUAAUAAUCUAUAUCGAUUUAGGCUCUGUCCUUUUAAGGUCCUAAAUGUGUUCCCUGACUAAAUAUACCAGUCUUUUUAUUUUUUAUUUAUUUUUUUAAACAAGCUUAUUUGAAAAUUAAUUUAUAAAUGAAUUAUAAGAAAAGUCUUUAGACAGGUGUUAAAAACUGCAACCACACAAGAACAGAUAAAGUAGUGUCUCUUGUUAAGAUUUAGCUCUAAAAUGCCUUUAAAAUUUACUAUUUUGAUAAGUUCUGUUAUGUGAAAGAGAGAUGCUUUUGCCUUUUGUAUACAAUACCAUUAGGUUAAACACUGAUCUGCUACUUCUGGGUAAGAUAUUAUACAUUAUUGGGGAAGGUCGAAUCUAAACUUUCUUUAGAUACCUUUUAAAGGUGAUCUUUUGUGGGGGUGAUCUCUUGCAUGCUUUGUUAUCUAUCACUAGUAAUUUAUGAAGUUAGUUUAUUUAAAUUCAAAUUAUUUGAACAAAUGUGAGUUGCAGCCGUAGCUUCUCUGCCCUCACAAGGUGUAAAUGAAAAUAUAUCAGUGUUUAUGCUCGCAUUAAUUGCAUAAAUAAUUUAUUUAAUGAACAGCACAGGUUUUAAGUCUUUAUGUAACAUAAAGCUAUAUGCUUCAUUGUAAUGUUUGUCUGUAGCUUUUUAACUUAUUUUUUCACUUAUUUUUGUGAUUUGUAUUUGUGACCACUGUAGGUAUUAGGUAGUAAGCACCGCUAAGUGUGCUACUUAAUCACUGGGGUGUGUGGUUUCCUUUUUUUUUUUUCUUUUUUUUUUGUUGUUGUUGUUGUUUUUUUUUUGUUUUUUGUUUUUUUUUUUUUUUUUUGGUUGUAUUUUAAUUAAAAUUACUGGUAUGCAUGCACAGGGUAAUUGGCACUUUAUAAAACAGAUCCCCAGAACACUAAAUUUGGAAUGGGUGGGGUGUUAAAGAAAGUAAAGCACUUCUGUUUUAUUGUUUUUUGAAAACUUUGGUUAUUUGCUAUUUAUGGGGAUUACUUUUUUUUAAAAAUGUUCUUCUUUUCUGUAUCUGAUGUUCUGUGUGCUAUUAGUGAUGCAGCCAACAUGAACGGUUGUCUUGUGUUACACAUCUUUCCAACACUGCGAAACGAUCGCCUGGGAAAAGCGUCCAUGCUUGAUAUCGUAUGGUUCAUGACCAAUAAGUGUCCAGUACAGGUGACCCAUAGCUCAAAGUGUAAAAUCCCAGAAGAAGCCAAGGCCCUGUCCCUUUUAGCACCUGCCACUACUGUGGCAAGUUUGAUACCAGGAGCAGGGCUGUUACCAAUACCAGCUCCAGCCCCACUCGCCUCUCUUGGUAUCCCAAUUGGCACACUGGGAGCAUUGCAGGCUGGCCUCGAUCCUACACUGGCAGCUCUGGGAGGAAUCUCUUCACAACCCCCAUUGAUGGGAAAUGUGGAUCCCUCUAAAAUUGAUGAAAUUAGAAGAACAAUUUAUGUUGGCAACUUGAAUUCGCAGACUACAACGGCAGAGCAGCUCCUAGAAUAUUUCAAGCAAGUUGGAGAUGUGAAGUUUGUAAGAAUGGCUGGUGAUGAGACACAACCAACUCGUUUUGCAUUUGUGGAAUUUGCAGAUCAAGAUUCUGUACCAAGAGCCUUAGCAUUCAAUGGUGUAAUGUUUGGAGACAGACCAUUAAAAAUUAAUCACUCUAAUAAUGCCAUAGUCAAACCUCCUGAGCUGACACCACAAGCAGCUGCUAAAGAGUUGGAAGAUGUGAUGAAAAGAGUGAGAGAAGCUCAGUCCUUUAUAUCAGCAGCAAUUGAGCCAGAAACUGGAAAAAGUAGCUCCUCAAGCAGUAAAAAAGCAGGAAGGUCCCGAUCUCGAUCUCCUUCUCGAUCCAGGAGGAAGAAAUCUCAUUCUAGAAGCAGAAGUACAUCUAGACGCAGGUCCCGAUCAAGGCCACAAGAAAGGCAAAGUUCACGGAGCUCACACAAAAAGAGAUCUCGUUCAAGAGAACGCAGACGUUCUAGAAGCCAUUCCAGAGAUAAAAGAAAAGACAGCAAGUCAAAAAGUACUCAAGAUAUCUUAAAAGACAGAGAUGACCGAAAGAGAAAAGAAAAGAAAGGGAAAACUCCUCCAAAAAGCUACACCUCCUCUCGACAUUCCAGAAGCACAAGCAGAGGUUGCAGAAAAAGAAGUAGAAGUCACACUAAAUCUCCAAGAAGGUCAAGAACCCCAAAAAGAAAAGUAAAAUCUCCUUCUCCUAAGAGAAAUAAGAAGGAUAAGAAAAAGGAAAAGGUUAGGGAACGUAGCAGGGAGAGGUCAACCUCUAAGAAGACCACUAAAGAAACUGAGAAAGUAGAGAAAUCUGGACAUACCAUGAAGGUUGAUAAAGAAAAGUCUUUUGACAGUGAAAAGGACUAUACAAAAAGCAAAAGUGGAGACUCCAUUAAAGUCCAACAGAAUGGCAGCUACACUAAUCAUGAAGAUGGCCUUUCACAAAAAAAUGAAGUGUCAGAGUGAUAACAGAAAUAUGGACUGCAGCAGAAGUGCUGCUUGUUAAUAGUGUUCAUUGUUAAAUAGAUGUUUUCAUUUUUUUGUGUCGAUUAUUUUAUACGGAGAAUACUCCCAAGAAAAAACAUCAGAAGGAAUGGAAUGUUAAAAUAUAAAUUUUACAUGAGAGACACUUGCAAUAAGCUGGUUACCUUUAAUUUCUAACACAUUUUCUAGUGUUAGUUGUUACUAAUUUAUAUUCUGCUCUUUUUCAGUAAUCCCAAAACCUUUUUGCUAAUCCGUGUGUGACAGAACGUUAAUAUUAAAAAGCAUAGACAGCAGUCGGGUAUAAUGCUCAUGAGGAUGUAUUUAUUGGAGCUCGGCUGACUUUGAAGGAUUUUAUUUACAUGAUUUUACUGUUCAUUUUCAUGUGUUUUUUUUUCCCCCAUCUCGGGUCCACAUAAAGAAUUUGUUUUUGGCCCACAGUUAAAUUUUAAACUAAUCUAAUUUAGUUAAAUAACCUGACUUAAAAUUGCUAGUACAAAUAAAGAUUAGCUAAAACAGCAAUUGUCAUAGUUACAAGUUCAAAACUUGGUUUGUAAAAUGAAGAUAGUAUGUCUGUCUGUCACUUAAUGUUUGGGGUAAAUUAUUUAUUUUUACUUUUAUUAGGACUGAAAGCAAACUUGAAUGAUGUCCUUGAAAAUUCACGGUUUAUGUAAAUACUAUAUACAAGUUGUCAAACUUGUGAAUAAAAUUGCUCAAUGCUCAGACCAUGUUAACUUUGAAUAGACGAGUUAUAAGAUAAGCAUAAAGAAUUCUCUACAGUGAAAUUCAAAGGAAAUUUUUGACAAUGUACCCAGAUGUUUAGUCUGUGUAGGUUUAUUUUUUAUCACAAAUUGCAGACUAGCAAACAGAGGUGCUAAGUAUUUUUAACAGCAAAUUUUUAAUACUUCAUGAUGGUAUUUGAUCUAUAUUGGCUGUGGUAGGACUUUUUAUAAACAUGGUAAAAUACUGGUCUACAGUAUGAUAAUUGUGUAGAGAGAUGGAAAACAUAACUUUUGCAGAAUUCUGACUUUGUAGUUCACUGCAGGUCAAGCCAGUGUGCUGGCCAUAUAUCUUUUAUUACUCAUUCAUUUAAAGGCUAAAUCUGUGUCUUUGUGUUGGGGGAAAUAUAAUAAUUUUAGUUUACCCAAAAAUAUAAUGCACAAGUUUUUUGAUAAGUGUUUAUUUUUUGACAGUUCAAGGAAAAAUAUAUACUAAAUGAUCACUGUGAGAGAAGUUUAACCUCCAUUUUUCUGAAAAGUUAUUGUGUAUAGUUGAGAUGCUCAAGUAUCCUUAUCUAAAAUGUGUCUUGUGUACAUUGCCACACUUUAAUGUGUACCAAAAAGUUGCGAGUAAUCCAAAAUCCCUUUAUCCUUUGCAAUAUUUUCCUAAAGUUUUAUUGGUAUUUUUAUAUAUUUGACUCGUAUAUAUAUAUAUAUAUAUAUAAAAAAUAUCAAAAUGUGUGUGUGUGUGUGUAUAUAUAUGUAUGUAUGUGUGUAUAUAUUUAUAUAUAUAUAUAUGUGUGUACACACACAUACCUGCAGCUGCCUGUUUUGUUAAAUAGUAUUAUUGAUACACAAUUGUAUAUAACCUUUGAAAUUAAAUGUAUAUUGUAGAUGUCAUAUGAAAAGUGUAGCAAAAAUGUGUAUUUAAAAAAAGGAAAAGAGCAACAUUAGAUUUGCAUUUUCCUAGUUUCCCAUUUUAUGUGAUAACUUGGUGGUGUUAACUUUCUUCAAUACAUGUUACCUUUGUUUGUAACUUCAAUAUA